AGCACGGAGGAAUAGAGAAGGUUCCUGAGCCACUGCCCCAAGGAGUCCCCAGUGGUGGUGAAAGGAGGGAGUAGGCAGUGGCCCCUGGAGUCCGUCCAGGCUCUAUCGAGGCCACCUCCUCUUAUCUCAGGAGUCAGCGGGUGGUUCUCCUCAGGUUGGGCCGGGAGAGACGGGCUUCAGUGGUACCACGGUUUUUCCUGGGGGAGAAGUACUUACGUCCUGAACCCGUGAACCCUCUGUCCAAUGGCCUGGCAGCAGAGGCAGGGGCUGGGGGCUGGUGGGGUUCUGACAUCCCUUCUAGAAAGCAAUCCUGCCUACCCUGGGCCCAGGGAACUAGACCCCCAGUCAAACUUCCUCAGAUGUCAAUCGCUAGAGAAAAUGAGGAGUUGCGUUUGAUUACAGUCGAGAAAGGCGAACCUCACGCAGACCGUAGGUGGGGAGAACAGGAGCACGGGAAGAUGGGUCUCACGUGCCCGCUCAGGGUCACUGCCUCGGAACCCCCUGGGGAAUCCACCCAUCAAAGAUGUGCUUGCAGCUGGCUCAUCGCGGGCCGGUAUUUUUCCUUGUUUAAAAAUUCAUAACCCAUUAAAAACAAUAAAAAUCCUGUGCCCUGUUUGUAUUUUAUGAUGCAGAGACCAGAGGCUCCUUUUCAUUUCCAAAUAUAAAAUUAUGAUACCGGCUCUGCGUUUUAGCACAAAGCCCGCCCUCCCCUAGUUGAGAAUUGCUGUCCAAGUCCCUGAAAGCCUAAGCUAUGGUGUUGGGUGAGGACGGGAACUGCAGGUAACGCCAGGUCAGUAUCGGAGCCUGUAGGACCUCAGAGACUCUGCGCCUUCCUGUCCUGCAGACUCUGGUCACCUGACCGUGGAAAAGAGGAGGGCAGCGUACCCAGGUGCUGCUCCAGGGAACAAGGAGGGGCUUCCUUGGCACAUAAUUAGUUCCUAGCCUCCCAGGGUCCUGUCUGCCAGAGGUGUGAACAGAAUGAACAAUUAAUAAGACUGGCUGCAGGGAGCCGGGUUUUAGCCGGGGACGCAGAAACAGGUUGUUUCACCAACAACAGACAGUCCUACUAUACACACUUGCACACACACACCCACACAGCCCCACAGCCUGUCUCACUCUCCCCUCCAGACCUGUGCACAGACACAUCCACACUCCAUCCGGCUCGCAGCUGUGCCAGCCGCAGGCAUUUCAUCAGCAUCCCGAGUGACUGACACACACACAUACACACACACACACACACACCAUCAAACCCAGCUCUCUGCACCUCUCCGCCCCUCUCCUCCUUCCCCUUCCCCCGAGGAGUGCAGUGCCUCUUUAAAACCCAACUCCGAGGGCUAUGCUCAGUGGCCCACAAAGGGUUCUGACUGUGGCGAUUCAGUGGCCCUUCCCCAGGGAAGGGAGGGGAGCAGAGACAGAUGGGAGGCUUGUCCUGUGGCGGUCAUCAAGUAAAACUCUUGGAUGGCUGAUAAUGAGCUGGGCACUAGUCCUGCGCAGCCUACCGCUGAAUGCCUUAACCUCUUCCUUACCAGCCCCGUGGGGGCUCAGUGGACUUCGCCGCACUGGGCUACCUCCCUCGGUUCUGUGGCCCGGUUUCGUGGGGCCAGGCCGGUGUCCCCUCCCGCUCCCCAUCAAUUGGCCCGCCUCUCCCCAGGCCCUCCGCAUUCCCCUGUUGCAAGCAGUUGCUCCUGUGCCUUUGCUUUCUCCUUGUUUCCCUGUAGGCAUGUUUUGUCCUCUAGCUUGACCGUGAGCUCCUCAAGUGCAGAGAGCAUGUCUGUUUUCCUGUGAUUGGUGCCCGGAGCAGAGCUCUGCACGCACAGCUCACUAGCAAAUUAAUUCACUUGCUGCCCACUCCGACCAGCCCCAGGUCACACCACCAGUCCUACCUCUGUCUCCCUCUUCUCUAUGACAACCCUGUGUCCUCCACGCCAGAGAGCUCGCCAGGGCCCCAGCUCUCAGUAUUCUUGUGCAGUUUCCACCCCCAGAUGCCCCCUUACAGCUUUGCUGGCUGGAAGCCCCUCCCUGCGUCUGCCCACAAGCUGGGUGCCCUGCGGGAGGGUGGAAACAGGCAGGACCCAGAGGAAAGAGGUCCAUCUCUACUCCCAGAGAAGUAGGACAUGUCACUGGGUAAUGACUCCCGUCAGAAAGGAAUCAUGUGCUGGGGAAGGGUGGUACAGAGGAGCGAAGGUCCAGCUGGGAAAGCAUUUGGAGGGUGUGGAUUCGACACUGCUGCUUAGGAGAACCCCAUCUUCUCUCCUUCCAAGCCUUAGAGAUGCGUGAUUUCACACCCAAGGGGUCAGAGACCAAAGGGAGGUUCACAUCUGAGACUAUUAAUCACUCGGAUUUCUCAUAUUGAGAGGGGUAAACCAGGCUACCUGCUUUUUCUGGGAGACUGAAGGUCUCACCCAGGGAAUAUGCUGAGGUCCCAGAAAGAAUUCAGCUCUGGAGCAUUUUUUCCUUGUGGCCUAAAAACCUGGAGCUUCCCCAGGUAGAGCCCUCCCCAUUAGAUAGAUGCAUCACUUCAGGCCGGAUCAAAAACCCAAGUCUGUUGCAGCCGCAGACCUGGCUGGGAACAGAGAUAGGAUCAGCCCUGGGAUGCCCUGAAUCCUCUCCACCAACAGCCCCAAUUGCCUCGGGGCCAGCUCUCCACUCCCCACCCUUGGCGGGACAUCCUGGGCGUUGCUGCAUGCUGCCCUGGAAGGGGGUAAUCUGAGUAGCUUCCCACUUCCCUCCGCUCCUUAAUAUUCCUGCCACGUCAUCUUCUGUCUCUCCCUCUGGUGUCUGGUUUACCUGCUCUCUGCUUCUCCUCCUUCUGACUGCGUGAGGACCCCUCCUCUGGACAGGAGCUCUCUUCUGGGUUCCCGCCUGCCGCACCUGCUCGCCUCCGCCAACUAGGUGACUGCGUGCUGGGUGGAUGAGGCCGGGGCCAGUUCCACGCACUGCCUCUCCCCACAGGCCGAGCAUGCCGGGGUCCGCACCUACUUCUUCAGCGCCGAGAGCCCCGAGGAGCAGGAGGCCUGGAUCCAGGCCAUGGGGGAGGCUGCCCGAGUACAGAUCCCCCCAGCCCAGAAGUCCGUGCCCCAAGCUGUGCGUCACAGCCACGAGAAGCCAGACUCUGAGAACAUCCCACCUAGCAAACACCACCAACAGCCAACCCACAACAGCCUCCCGAAGCCCGAGCCCGAGGCCAAGACUCGAGGGGAGGGUGAUGGCCGGGGCUGCGAGAAGGCCGAGAGGAAGCCCGAGAGGCCCGAAGUCAAGAGCGAGCCUCUGGUGAAAGCCAACGGCAUUCAAGCUGGACCGGAACCAGCCUCGGAGCCCGGCAGCCCUUACCCCGAGGGCCCAAGGGUCCCAGGGGGGGGCGAUCGGCCCGCUCAGCCCAACGGCUGGCAGUGUAGCUCCCCAAGCCGACCAGCAAGCACAGCUUUCCCGCCUCAGGACUCAGAGAGCGGAGGACACCAGCGGAGCUUCCCCCCACGUGCCAACCCCGACAAAAUCGCCCAGCGCAAGAGCUCCAUGAACCAGCUUCAGCAGUGGGUGAACCUGCGCCGAGGGGUGCCGCCACCUGACGACCUUCGGAGUCCCUCUAGGUUCUACCCCGUGUCCCGCAGGGUCCCUGAGUAUUACGGCCCCUACUCCUCCCAGUACCCAGACGAUUACCAGUACUACCCCCCAGGGGUGCGGCCCGACAGCGUCUGCUCGAUGCCUGCCUAUGAUCGGAUCAGCCCACCCUGGGCGCUGGAGGACAAGCGCCACUCUUUCCGCAAUGGAGGCGGCCCUGCCUUCCAGCUGCGGGAGUGGAAGGAGCCCCCAGGCUAUGGGCGGCAGGAUGGCACCGUCUGGCUCCCCGGCCCCUCCCCCUCCCGGCAGCCAGUCUAUUAUGAUGAGAUGGACGCCACCUCCGGCUCCCUGCGCCGCCUGUCCUUGCAGCCCCGCUCCCACUCUGUGCCCCGCUCGCCCAGCCAGGGCUCCUACAGCCGUGCCCGCAUUUACUCCCCCGUCCGCUCACCCAGUGCCCGCUUUGAGCGCCUGCCACCUCGCAGCGAGGACAUCUAUGCCGACCCUGCUGCCUAUGUGAUGAGGCGAUCCAUCAGCUCCCCCAAGUAUGAUUACCUGGGAGACAGGCGACCAGUCCCUGCAGGACUGUUCCCCUACAACUACCCACCAUCCCCCACGGUCCACGAUAAGAUGGAUGAACUUUUAGAUCUUCAGUUGCAAAGAAACCUAGAGUAUUUGGAUCAGCAGAUGAGUGAGAGCGAGACUCUCAUCAGUAUGGUGAACCGCAUGGUGGAGAACUCCUCCCCCAGGGCCCAGAUCUUCAUGCAAGUCCCUCCGUACCCAGAAGUGUUCCGGGACGGUCUCCACACCUACAAGUUAAACGAGCAAGACACAGAUAAGCUGCUGGGAAAAUUGUGUGAGCAGAACAAGGUGGUGAGGGAGCAGGACCGGCUGGUGCAGCAGCUCCGAGCUGAGAAGGAGAGCCUGGAAAGUGCCUUGAUGGGGACCCACCAGGAGCUGGAGAUGUUUGGAAACCAGCCCGCCUACCCGGAGAAGCUGCUGCACAAGAAAGAGUCCCUACAGAACCAGCUCAUCAACAUCCGGGUGGAGCUGUCUCAGGCGAGCACGGCCCUGGCGAACAGCACCGUAGAGUAUGAGAGCCUUGAGUCAGAGGUGUCUGCCCUGCAUGAUGACCUCUGGGAGCAGCUCAAUUUGGAUGUCCAGAAUGAGGUGCUCAACCGGCAAAUCCAGAAGGAGAUCUGGAGGAUCCAGGAUGUGAUGGAGGGGCUGAGGAAGAAUAACCCAUCCCGGGGCACAGACACGGCCAAGCACAGAGGAGGACUUGGCCCCACGACCACCUACAGCUCCAACAGCCCCGCCAGCCCUCUCAGCUCCGCCAGUCUCACCAGCCCACUAAGCCCCUUUUCACUGGUAUCCGGCUCACAGGGGUCCCCCACCAAGCCUGGGUCCAGUGAGGAGCCCGGUCCGCCGCGGCCCCCCCUCCCCAAAGCCUACGUACCCCUGGAGUCUCCUCCAAACGUGCCGCCGCUCCCUAGCGAGAGCCGCUUCUGGCCCUACCCCAGCUCCCCUUCCUGGCACCGCGGGGGCGAGCCAGCCAGGGGUCAGCCCAAGGCAAGCCAUGAGCAGAGCAAGAAAGACACCCCCCAGACGUCACCCCUGGACACUGCUAGAGACAUCAGCCUUGUGCCCACCAGGCAAGAGGUGGAGGCAGAGAAGCAGGCAGCUCUCAACAAAGUUGGCGUUGUGCCUCCUCGGACAAAGUCGCCCGCUGAUGAAGAGCUAACUCCGUCGAGAGUGGUGAGGAGGAGUGCCAAUGGGCUUACCAAUGGACUGUCCUCCCGGCAGGAGCGCCCCAAGAGUGCCGUGUUCCCCGGCGAGGGCAAGGUCAAGAUGAGCGUGGAGGAGCAGAUUGACCGCAUGCGGAGGCACCAGAGCGGCUCUAUGAAGGAGAAGCGGAGGAGCCUGCAGCUCCCGGCCAGUCCGGCCCCCGACCCCGCUACCCGGCCUGCCUACAAAGUGGUGCGCCGGCACCGUAGCAUCCACGAGGUGGACAUCUCCAACCUGGAGGCAGCCCUGCGGGCAGAGGAGCCCGGGGGGCAGGCCUAUGAGACGCCGAGAGAGGAGAUUGCCCGGCUCCGCAAAAUGGAGCUGGAGCCCCAGCGCUACGACGUGGACAUCAAUAAGGAGCUCUCCACGCCCGACAAAGUCCUCAUCCCCGAACGGUACAUUGACCUGGAGCCCGAUACCCCCCUGAGCCCCGAGGAGCUGAAGGAGAAGCAGAAGAAGGUGGAGAGGAUCAAGACGCUCCUCGCCAAGUCCAGUAUGCAGAACGUGGUGCCUGUCGGCGAGGGGGACCUUGUGGACGUGCCCCAGGACUCAGAGAGCCAGCUUCAGGAGCAGGAGAAGCGGAUUGAAAUCUCCUGUACCCUGGCGACCGAGGCCUCCCGCAGGGGCCGCAUGCUGUCUGUGCAAUGUGCCACCCCAAGCCCUCCCACCUCCCCUGCUUCCCCGACUCCACCAGCCAACCCCCUCUCGUCUGAAUCCCCACGGGGCGCCGACAGCAGCCAUACCAUGCGGGUCUGAGCUCUGACUGCAAGCCCUGGCCGAGGCCAACGCUGCGAAGCUUCACAGAGCCACGUUCUGAAGGCCUCCUUCGCCCCCUGAGGUCGCAGUUCCCCACCCUGGCCCCCUGCCCCUGCGCUCCCAUGGGCAUGCUGCAGGGAGCCAGGCUGGGGGCCGGGGGUGCUGCCAGGACGUUACCUCCGUGUCCACAUGCCCACCACGCCCGGCCCUGAAGCCCUCGCUGCUCAGAUGGCGACCCUAGGCCGGGGCCUUAGAUGGUGGGCAGACAGCAGCCCACAUCCCAGGGGCUAGGCCUGGCCCUGGCUGGUGGUGUGACGGCCCUACUGGAACAUUCCCAGAUGAAGAGGAUGCCCUGGUGGGGAAGACGCUCUGGGCUCUCUUAGGUUAGGAGGAGGGUGAGGAGAAGAUGGACACUCGGCCUCUUCCGGCCCCUCCUGACACCGAGGACGGCACCUGCCAUCAGGUCCUUCCCCCAUCGACCCCACCCUGCUGCCCCAGCUGCACCCGGGGCUUUGACAUGUCUCUGCUUAUGGGUGUUCCUUUGGGGUCCAGUGGAGACUGACCACCCUGCUUGAGCCAAAGACAAGAUGACAGGAGCUGGGGAGAGGCACCUCAGCUCCCGGAGGGGACAGUGCUGGCUGUGGGUAGAGAGCGGCACGCAGGUCUGCGCAGCGUCUGAGGACAGGUUGAGAAGGGGGAGAAGAGAGAAAGGGAGAGAUGCAGGCAAGUGGGAGGACAGGGGAGCGGCAGGACUCCUUUGCAAGUAAGAGGGUGAGGCGGAGGUGGAAAGGGGCUGUGAGAGGGAUGGGUUUCCCCGGGAGGGAACCUUAGCUUAGUGCCAAGUACAGUCCAGACUGUCAGCCCUGCUCCUGCACCGGGUACCCCCGAUCCGCGGGCCUGCCCACACACUGGCUCCAGGAGGACCCACCAGCGAGCACAUGGUGACCGUCGCUGCAGCCAUGGGGACGAAGGUGUGGGGAUGCGGGUGUGGGCAAGUAGGUGGGAAGGUGGCCCUUUCUGGGUCUGGGCCUGGUGUCUGCCUCCCCCACCUCGGCUCAGGGGCAGAGAGAGGGACCUGUGUCAUGUAGGGUGUUGUCAGCCUUGGGGCCUUUCCUAACCAUGUUCGGGACAUUUUCUUGUCCCCCUUCUCCCUGGAAUGUGCUGUGAGCCAGCUGAGAGAGUGCCCCGGAGAGGAAACACAGCCUUAAUCUGGGAGGCUAGAUUCUAGGGCCCCAUCCCGCGUCCCAGGCAUCCCCAAGGAGGACCAGGUGAGGCUGUACGGAAGGACCCCCUUCUGGUCUGGCUCUCUCACCAUCUGCCUACCCGGGGAGGCCAGUGAAGGAGACACAGAAGCAAAGCUCACUUUUCCUCCUUGCCUCUCAUCUGGGGGGGACGGUAGCCAGGGAGGAGGGAGGGGAGAGAGUGAAGCUGGACACACCGGGGCCCCUAGGCCUUCUCUUUGCCAGAGUUGCUGCCGGGAGACUUCAGCCUCCAGUGGCCCCAAGAACAACUACUUUAUCUUCCAGCACUUCUCCACUCCUUCACAGCUGGGCCAGUGAGUGGUUCAUAUGCAAGUAAAGAUGGCAGUUCAUUCAACAAAUAUUUAUCGAGCACCUUUUACGUACCAGGCACUGUUCUAGGUGCUUAGGGUAUUCUCGUGCUUCUGAGGGCUUGCAGACUGGGGAAUUCCUCUUCCCUUUUAGCAGACGUUUGGAACAUGGCUACACUUCCCGUCUGUAGCAUCACUCAAGCACCCUGUCCCUGUUUCCCCCCCCCACCAGACUGGCAGGUGGGAUUGGCCCUCUCCCUCUUUCCAACACCUUUCUCCAUCCUCGAGAAAUGGCUCUUUCGGGGCCUCCAUGCCUUUCCCCUUUGUCUCCCCUUUGUUUUAAGUGAUGUUUGUAGACGUACGUGGAAAAUACCAAGGGUUAAGGUCUGCAUCUCUGCCACGUCUCGCUCUCAUCUCAUAAAGCUGGCUCUUUAUGUUGCUUUACAUGCCUUAAUAUAUGUUUUAUGAAGAUUAUACAUAUUAUAGAUAUAUACAUAAUAUAUAUAUUUGUUUGGACGUCUGAUCCUUUCCCAGAACUCCUGCCCAGGCCCAUUUUCCCUCCUUUACUUUCCACACCAUUCCUAGCAUGUGUCGGCCACACCCCACGCCUUUUGAUCCAAAGAAGGGGAGAGGACGGUCUUAUUUUAAGACAGAUCUAUUUUACGCUUUUGUUACAAAAGCAAAUCUAUUUUCAAAAUGUGCAAUGUCUGAAUGGAAUCAGCAAGUAAUACGAGGAGAUUGGGCGGCUGCCUCUAGGUCCAACCCUGUGUCCUUCCCUCUCCCCGCCCCCCCGCAGCUUCCUCCUCCCAUCCCCCAGUCUGCAAAGGGCUGGUCCCCAGAGCUCACCCAGAGAGCAUCUUACCAGGGCGGGACGUUCUCUUAGAAGUCCUGGUCUAAGGAUUUGAUUACACUGUCAACUCUUGACGGCCCUCUAGGGUUACGGGAUGUGAAUCCUCUCGAAGGAAAUGUUUAUAGCUGUGUGCACAAAAAUACACCCCUGCGGGCAACCCGCCCCCCAAGUGUACUCCUGGACCACCUCCCGUCACCAAUCUGCUGGAAAGGGCAAACAAUUUAAUGACAGCCUAUGCCAAGUGGCACCAAGAACUCCACUCCCUGACGGAGCCAGGAUACAGUACAAAGGCCAAAGGAAAUGGUUUGGGACCACAGGUCCUUCAGCACAGACACAUUUGAGUUCCUUGGACUUCUCACACUCCUUGAUCCCUUUCUGGUCUGGGUCACAUCUACAACAUCUGUCUCCCUCUGUUACCCUUCCUCGGGGGGCUGUUGUUAAGGGGGACGGUUGCUCAGUCUGGCAUCCAGACUGCACAGUCAGCUUCUGGGCUGAAGCGGGUCCCACGGAUGAGGUGACAUCUCAGCCUUGCCCAAGAAGCCCCUAGGACUGUCCUCUGGCGGGCUGCCACCGGGACGCUGAACUCCGCCAGCUCAGCCUUGCAAACUGCUUAGCAGCUGACGUAGUAGGCAAGGGGCUCUUGCCUCACAAGGAUCUGGGCAGAAUGGAAGUCUUUUGUCCAGAUCUGAAAUCAAGGGUUUGGGACUGUCACAGAGCUCCUGGCCAGCACUUGAAACCUGACCUCCCAACUUUGACAUGUACUGGCGUCCUGUUCCCAGCCUAGAGCGUCUUGUUAUGAAAGAAUGGGGCCCAGAUGGAGGCCCAGGGCUAAGUGACCCAGCGGGGACAGCCCUGGUUGCUAUUCUGGGGCCUUGCCAAUUAGCACAUUACCUCCCUGAUCAAUAACCAAGAGGCUGUAAUCAAAUACGGCUACUGUCACUUUAAAGAUUUUUCUGAGGUCGCAAGCUGUGCUCACUUGCUCUCCUGCCUUGGUGAGAGGCAUGUUCUUGGGGCAGGGCUGACCAUAGCAAGACGGAAUCGAUUCCUUUCCCCUUUAGGCACCCCCUACCUGGCAGCUCUUAAAACUAAGGAAAAUACAAAAUAUACAUAUAUAUACAUAUAUCUAUUUAUGCACAUACUGGGGCCAAUUUGAUCUGCUAGUAUUAGACAAUAAACCAUACAAGGAAAUGUAUGAUCUCAGUGUCUUUAUUUAGUAUAAAAGUGACCUUAAAAGAAAAGUUAAGGUUAGCUGAACAGAGGGCAUCUCUAUUGGGGGACCAAACAUCUGUAGCCACCCCAUAGCAUCUUUUUAGCCAACAAGCCCCUACCCAGGAGGGGCAUCCUGACUGAUAGGUGAGCGCCUGCUUCCCCACUCCCCAGCAUUCUUUUCAGAUAUAGUAGGUACUGAAGAACCCCAGUGAGCUCUGCAUUUGUAUCUUGCAAGUUUGUAUAAACCCGAUGCAGGAAAUAAAAUGAA